GACGGCCUCAGCUGUUCCCAGCUAGGCAGCGCCCCGCGCCGCACCGUGGCAGCUCAACUUCUGCUAACUUGGAGGGGAUCUGCGGGAGCCUCCAUUCACCCCCACUUCUGGGGUCACUUCCGCAGGCCAAGUUCAGAUGGGCUUUGCCGGGUGGCCCCACUGCCUGUUCCUUCCUUAACUGGGGGCUGAUGCCCCAGAAUCCUCAGGAAAAGAGCCAGGCCUACCCUCGCUGCCGCCCUGGGAGCCACACAGGUCGUAAGAGCCCCGAGGCCGUCGCAGCUGCAACCAUGUACACCUUCUUGCCUGACAACUUCUCGCCUACCAAGCCCAAGCCGUCCAAAGAGCUGAAGCCGCUGCUGGGCUCCGCAGUGCUGGGGCUGCUGCUGGUGUUGGCCGCGGUGGUGGCCUGGUGCUACUACAGCGCCUCUCUACGCAAGGCGGAACGCCUGCGCGCCGAGCUGCUGGACCUCAACCGCGGCGGCUUCUCCAUUCGCAACCAGAAGGGCGAGCAGGUCUUCCGCCUGGCCUUCCGCUCGGGCGCGUUGGACCUCGAUUCCUGCAGCCGCGACGGCGCCCGGCUUGGCUGCUCUCGCACAGCGGAUGGGCGCCCGCUGCACUUCUUCAUCCAGACUGUGCGGCCCAAGGACACGGUCAUGUGCUAUCGCGUGCGCUGGGAGGAGGAGACGCCGGGGCGCGCGGUGGAGCACGCCAUGUUCCUGGGCGACGCGGGGGCGCACUGGUAUGGCGGCGCGGAGAUGAAGACCCAGCACUGGCCCAUCCGCCUGGACGGCCAGCAGGAGCCUCAGCCCUUCGUCACCAGCGACGUCUACUCUUCCGACGCCGCAUUUGGAGGUAUCCUCGAGCGCUACUGGCUGUCAUCGCGCGCGGCUGCCAUCAAGGUCAACGACUCAGUGCCCUUCCACCUGGGCUGGAACAGCACGGAGCGCUCUCUGCGGCUGCAGGCACGCUACCACGACACGCCCUACAAGCCGCCCGCCGGCCGCGCUGCUGCGCCCGAGCUCAGCUACCGCGUGUGCGUCGGCUCCGAUGUCACUUCCAUCCACAAGUACAUGGUGCGGCGCUAUUUCAACAAGCCAUCGAGGGUGCCAGCACCUGAGGCCUUCCGGGACCCCAUCUGGUCCACGUGGGUGCUGUACGGGCGCUCGGUGGACCAGGACAAGGUGCAGCGUUUCGCUCAGCAGAUACGCCAGCACCGCUUCAACAGCAGCCAUCUGGAAAUCGACGACAUGUACACGCCUGCCUAUGGCGACUUCGACUUCGACGAGACCAAGUUUCCCAACGCCAGCGACAUGUUCCGCCGCCUGCGCGACGCUGGCUUUCGCGUCACGCUCUGGGUGCACCCGUUUGUCAACUACAACUCAUCGUGCUUUGGCGAAGGCGUGGAGCGCGAGCUGUUUGUGCGUGAACCCACGGGCCGGCUGCCUGCUCUCGUGCGCUGGUGGAAUGGCAUCGGCGCCGUGCUCGACUUCACGCGCCCGGAGGCCCGCGACUGGUUUCAGGGGCAUCUGCGGCGACUGCGUUCGCGCUACGCCGUGGCCUCCUUCAAGUUCGACGCUGGAGAGGUCAGCUAUUUGCCGCGGGAUUUCAGCACCUACAGACCGCUGUCCGACCCCAACAUAUGGAGCCGGCGCUACACAGAGAUGGCACUGCCCUUCUUCUCACUGGCCGAGGUCCGUGUGGGCUACCAGUCACAGAACAUCUCGUGUUUCUUCCGCCUGGUGGACCGCGACUCGGUGUGGGGCUACGAUCUGGGGCUGCGCUCGCUCAUCCCCGCCGUGCUCACUGUCAGCAUGCUCGGCUACCCGUUCAUCCUGCCCGAUAUGGUGGGUGGCAACGCAGUGUCUGAGCGCACAGUGAGCGGCGGCGAUGUGCCCGAGCGCGAGCUCUACGUGCGCUGGCUGGAAGUAGCCGCCUUCAUGCCAGCUAUGCAGUUCUCCGUUCCACCCUGGCGGUACGACGCCGAAGUGGUGGCCAUCGCGCACAAGUUCACUGCACUGAGGGCCUCACUCGUGGCGCCGCUGUUGCUUGAGCUGGCUGGUGAGGUCACUGACACGGGAGACCCCAUCGUGCGACCCCUCUGGUGGAUCGCGCCCGGCGACGAGACGGCGCACCGCAUCGACUCACAGUUCCUUAUCGGAGACACACUGCUUGUGGCGCCGGUACUGGAGCCAGGCAAGCAGGAGCGGGACGUCUACCUGCCCGCAGGCAAGUGGCGCAGCUAUAAGGGCUCCAGCUCCCAGCCCAACUGGCUUCCUCUGGGCCUGCAUGUGACACCCUCUUCCCAAACCUCUGCACACAGCACCCAGUUGAACUCUGAGUUGUGACCCGAGGGACACUGUGAUCCAGGAGAGAGGCAAGAGAAGAGACAUCUGAAGUGGAAUGUCAGGAGCCAGGAGUCACCAGGAGAUGGAGAGUAAAUGGAAUUAGCUUCCCUCUCCUUUUUGUCAAGAGCAUUUACUGAUCAGUAUUCAGUGAUGGGCCUCCCUGGGCCCUGGUGCACAGCCAUGGGCUGUGUGUGGAGUGACUGUAGGAGGAGGGCACCCAGGCUGGGUCCUGGAAACUUCCCUAAAUGGCUAGAGAGCAUGACUCACACUUGAAUGGCCCUCCACUUGCUAUGCAGUCUGAAGCCAGUUGACCUAACCUCUAGAGACUUGGUUUCUUCAUCUUUAAAAUAGAAUUUCUAGGAUUCACUGAGAUGUAUCUGUAAAGUACUUAUGCAAAAAUUGGCAAAGAGUGUUAAAUAAAUGGUAACUCCUAUCAACUCUUAAUUCUAAACAAGGGACAAGGAAAAACUCUGCCUAAAACUGAUACUGUACCCUAUUGGGUAGCCUCUAGCCACAUGUCACUUCUUAAAUUUAAUUUUAAAAUUAAUUAAAAUUAAACAUCAUUAAGAAUCCAGUUCUUCAGGCACGCUAGCCACAUUUCAAGUGUUCAAAAGCCACGUGUGACUAGUGGCUCACAUAUUGGACAGUGCAGAUUAUAGAACACUUCCAUAGUUGCAUAAAGUUCUGUACCCCAGGACCAAGUAGUGUGUGCUGUCUGAGAUGGCACGGGGGUUGAGGUUGGGUAAAGUAAUCUGGAAGGCCUAAGUCAUCGGGCAUGGAGGAGGAGUACCCUUUAGAAGGGCAUUGAUGGAAUUCCCUGGAGGUCCAGUGGUUAGGACUCUGCAAUUCCACUGCAGGGGGCCCGGGUUUGAUCCCUGGUCGCUGGGGAACUAAGAUCCCACAUGCCAUGCGGUGUGGCCAAUUAAAGAAAAAAAAAGAUCUGAAGUGAAGUCAAAUAAAAUGUUAAGAAUUUUAGAAGGGCAUUGAGGGCAGGCAGCUUAGAUGGGGGAGGGGACACACCAUGCCCACUGAACACUCACUGUGUGCUGGGACAGGGCCAAAGGGAAGAGUGCCCUUGACUGGCCAAAUCCCAGCAAACUAGCCCUUGGCUUGCAAUCUGAUUUCUAAUCUGGCCUCUGCCAUUGACCUUGUUAAUCACAAAAGCACAGAUGAACAAGCUAAAACAGUGAGAGAGGAGGGCACUGGCCUGAGUCACACAGAUUAGUACCCAAGACUGGACUAGAACCUGGUGGUCUGUAGCUAGAAGCCUAGAAUCUCCUGCCCAGUCUUCACCCAUCUUUCAACAGCCUGGGCCAGCCCUGGCCUAUACAUAUCCAAGGCUGGGGAGCCACUGAAAUGUGUGUCUCUGAAGCUGCCACCCAAUGGGCCUGAUUCUAGGCCAACAAGUUUUUCCCCUUCCCCUACUGACGACAAAAGAGAGAGGUUCAAGAAGUUGGGCAGCAGUGGCUGGAAUGGUAGGAACCAUGAGAAAGAGCUGGCCUUGGGAUGGGGAAGGGGAGGGAAGUGGACUAGAAGCUACCUCUACCCGUUUGCUAGGAUGCCAGAAACUCUGCCCUCUUAGAGCCUUGUCCAACCCCCCCAUCUCUGCCAGCACCUCUUGUACAUUCCAAAUUUCUCUCUCUCUCUCUCUGUACAUGAGUGGGGAGGGAGGGCUGCCCCUCCUCCAUGGAGCUUCCAGUAGCUUUGUCAUGGCCAGAGUUCCCCACUGGUCUUUUCUGUACCCCUGGGCUGGGGGUGGGGGUGAGGAGGCUGGUAUGCAGCAACAGGGAGCUUCCUUCUCCAGAGGUAAUGGGGAGGGACUGAGUGGCCACUGCAGGAAAUCUGGGACUGGGGCCUAACACCCCCAUUCUGUGACCGUGUGUACCCUAAGAGUCUGCCUCC